GUCAAAUUCAAGAUGGAUGGAAUCACAGCGGCAGCGGCGGCUGCGGCGCGCGCGAGCCGAGUGUGAGCGGAAGGGGACCCUGCGUCUGCCUCGGGGCUGGGAUCGAUAAACCCAAACAAUGGAGGGGUUACUGCAUUACAUAAACCCAGCACAUGCCAUUUCUCUCCUGAGUGCUCUCAACGAGGAGCGCCUCAAAGGACAGCUCUGUGAUGUGCUUCUGAUCGUUGGAGACCAGAAAUUUCGAGCUCAUAAAAACGUCUUGGCUGCCAGCAGUGAAUACUUCCAGAGUUUAUUCACAAAUAAGGAGAACGAGUCACAGACUGUAUUUCAGCUUGACUUUUGUGAACCAGAUGCUUUUGACAAUGUUUUAAAUUACAUCUAUUCUUCGUCUUUGUUUGUUGAGAAGAGCAGCCUGGCUGCCGUACAAGAACUUGGCUAUAGUCUGGGGAUUUCCUUCCUGACUAACAUUGUUUCUAAGACACCUCAAGCCCCCUUCCUGACAUGUCCCAGUAGAAAAAAAGUUUUCAUAGAAGAUGAUGAAAACAAUUCCCAAAAGAGAAGUGUCAUUGUCUGUCAGAGUAGAAAUGAAGCACAAGGAAAAACAGUUAGUCAAAACUUACCCGAUGUAAGCCAUGCUUCUAGGCCCUCACGUAGCAUUGCCACCGAGACUAGUAUCAGUAAGCCUCAUGUCCCAAAACCAAUUGAUCCGCUUCAAAAUCUAUCACUCAGUGAAAAGAGUUGGCCAAGAGAUAGUUCUGUGGGAUAUGCAAAGUCUCUUGAGCGUUCUGGCUCUUUGGAUGAUUCUAGUAGAAGCAAUUUGGUGAAAAGAAAUGCGGUAUUGCCUUCAAAGCCUCUACAAGACAGAGAAGCUGCAGAUGACAAACCAGGUGUGAGUGGUCAGCUUCCAAAAGGAAAAGCCAUAGAGCUGGCUUUGAGAAAACCACGGCCACCUGUUUUGUCUCUGUGUAGCUCAUCAGAGGCUCCCUAUCUCUUGAAAGAGACUGACACAGGAGGUGGUCAAAGUGAAGAUAGAAACUUACUGUACUACUCAAAAUUGGGAUUAGUUAUCCCAUCCAGUGAGCCUGGUUCUGGAAACCAAAGCAUUGACAGGAGUGGCCCGCUUGUCAAGAGUCUCCUCAGACGGUCGCUGUCGAUGGAUAGCCAGGUUCCCAUGUAUUCACCCUCAAUAGAUUUGAAAUCUUCCCAGGGAUUAUCUUCCAUGUCAAAUGAUGCACCAGGGAAUGUGCUUUGUGCUUUAUCUCAAAAGUCAUCUUUAAAAGAUGGUAGUGAGAAAGUGGCCCUGGAUGACAGGACUCCAGUCCUUUCACCACAUCGCCUUAGGUCCUUCAGUGCUUCUCAGUCCACAGACAGGGAGGCUGCCUCACCCGUCACAGAGGUUCGUAUAAAAACGGAGCCCAGCAGCCCACUCUCAGACCCUUCGGACAUCAUCAGAGUCACCGUGGGGGACGCGGCGGCAGCAACAGCAGCAACCUCACUGUCAGUCACAAAAGACUUUUCCUUGAAAACAGAAGACAACCCAAAGGAAAUGAGCAGACUCCCAGCCAAGAGAAGGUUCCAGGCUGACAGAAGGUUGCCAUUUAAGAAGCUAAAGGUAAAUGAACAUGGAUCUCCUGUGUCAGAAGAUAACUGUGAGGAAGGCUCGAGUCCUACUCUCCUCGAGGCUGACUUUCCAGAUUCUGACUUGAAUAAAGAUGAAUUUGGUGAGUUGGAGGGAACGAGACCAAACAAAAAAUUUAAAUGCAAACAUUGCCUUAAGAUCUUUAGAUCAACAGCAGGUCUUCACCGUCAUGUUAACAUAUACCAUAACCCUGAAAAGCCCUAUGCUUGUGACAUCUGUCACAAGAGAUUUCACACAAACUUUAAAGUGUGGACACAUUGUCAGACACAGCACGGCAUAGUGAAGAACCCAUCCCCAGCCUCUAGUUCACAUGCUGUUUUGGAUGAAAAAUUCCAAAGAAAGUUGAUUGACAUAGUGAGAGAGAGGGAAAUUAAAAAGGCCCUAAUCAUUAAGUUAAGGCGUGGCAAGCCUGGUUUUCAGGGACAGACUAGUUCCCAAGCGCAAGUCAUCAAGAGGAACUUAAGAUCAAGAGCCAAAGGAGCAUAUAUUUGCACUUACUGUGGAAAAGCCUAUCGUUUUCUCUCUCAAUUUAAACAGCACAUAAAAAUGCACCCGGGAGAAAAACCCAUUGGAGUAAAUAGAGUCACUAAGCCAAAAGAGCAUGUCCCUAUUGAAAGCCCAGUAGAAAGCAAGGAGGUUUACCAGUGCCGCCUCUGUAAUGCUAAGCUCUCUUCUCUUCUAGAACAAGGCAACCACGAGAGAUUAUGCAGAAAUGCAACCGUUUGUCCUUACUGCAGCCUUAGGUUUUUCUCACCCGAGCUAAAGCAGGAGCACGAGAGCAAAUGUGAGUACAAGAAGCUGACCUGUCUCGAGUGCAUGCGCACCUUCAAGUCCUCCUUCAGCAUUUGGCGACACCAGGUUGAAGUCCACAACCAGAACACCAUGGCACCAACAGAAAACUUUUCUCUGCCUGUUCUUGACCACAAUGGUGAAGUCAUGAGUUCUGCAAGGCUGCAGUCUCAGUCUGAGACGAAUAAAGUUAACCAUGUGAUCACAGCAAAAGAUGAUAAUGUGUUCAGUGAUUCUUCUGAACAAAUUAACUUUGAUUCUGAAGACUCCUCUUGUCUCCCUGAAGACCUCAGUCUUUCUAAGCAACUUAAAAUCCAAGUCAAAGAGGAGCCUGUGGAAGAGGCAGAAGAAGAGGUGCCCGAGACCAGUGUAGCCCCCAAAGAAACAGGUACAAGCAAAGACACCAGCCUGUGGCCCUGUGAGAAAUGUGGGAAAAUGUUCACGGUGCACAAGCAGCUGGAACGUCACCAGGAGCUUCUGUGUUCUGUGAAACCUUUCAUCUGUCAUGUCUGCAACAAAGCUUUUCGCACGAAUUUCCGGCUCUGGAGUCACUUCCAGUCCCACAUGUCUCAGGCCACAGAGGAGUCACUGCAUAAAGAAUCUGAAGUGUGCCCUGCACCAACAAACUCUCCUUCCCCACCGCCCCUGCCGCCGCCACCCCCACUGCCCAAGAUCCAGCCCUUGGAACCUGACAGUCCAACUGCUUUGUCUGAAAAUCCAACUCCUGCUACAGAGAAAUUAUUUGCACCCCAAGAAUCAGACACACUUUUUUACCAUGCUCCACCCCUGUCAGCAAUCACAUUUAAAAGACAGUUUAUGUGUAAACUCUGUCAUAGGACAUUCAAGACUGCGUUUAGUCUUUGGAGUCAUGAACAAACCCACAAUUAA